GCGUGCCUCGCGCCGCUGGGGCGUGUCCUCAGGGGGCUAUAUAAGCAUCCGGAGGGGCGGUGGGCUGCAUUUGUCUGCUGAUUGUUGUCUCCCUUUUCGGGGCCGUAUCGUGAAUCGCCGGUUGUCAUCGCCUUCGAAGUUUCAGAAUGGCAGAAGAAUCUGCUGCUCCUUCUACUUCUGCUGACAAAACUGAGAGUAUGGAUGUGGAUGGAGAAGCCAAGAAACUACUUGGAUUGGGGCAGAAAAACCUAGUAAUGGGAGAUAUUCCAGCUGCUGUUAAUGCAUUCCAGGAAGCUGCUAGCCUGUUGGGUAAGAAGUAUGGUGAAACAGCAAAUGAGUGUGCCGAAGCAUUCUUUUUUUAUGGGAAAUCUCUUCUGGAGUUGGCAAGAAUGGAAAACGGGGUACUGGGAAAUGCCUUGGAAGGAGUGCAGGUAGAAGAAGAGGAAGAAAAAACAGAAAAAACAGAAGACUCAAUGGUAGAAAGUGCUGAUAAUAUAGAUGAAGAAGCAAGGGAGGAAUUAAGAGAGCAGGUAUAUAAUGCCAUGGGGGAAAAAGAUGAAUCCAGAAAAACUGCUGAAGAGUCUGUGAUAGAGACUGGAAUGGAACUGCAGCUAAAAAAUAAGGAUGUAGAAAUGGAAGAAGUUAAGGAUGAAAAAGCAAAAGAAACUGCUAUGGAUGUAGAACACAACACUCAUGGAGAGAAAAAGGAGCAGGAGAAAACAGAAAAGCAGAUAGAGGCACCUGUGCAAGAAAAGCAGGGGGUCAGUGAAAUAACUGCUGAGGAUAUACUAGAAGAUGGUGCUGCUAGGGAAGACAAACCAAUGGCUUCAGAAGGCGCAGUUACAGAAGAGGAGCCAGUGGUAGCAGAAGAGGCUGGGGAAGACAGCGCUGUAAAGAAAGAGGUGUUAGUAGACAAGGCUGCUGGAGAAGCAAAGUCAAUAACAGAAGAGAUUGCAGAAGUAGCUGGUAAAGAUACUAUAGAGAAACAAGUGGCUACAGAAGAAACAGCAGGGGAAGAAAAGGCAGUUCUGGAGAAGAUAGAAGAAGAGGAAGAAAAACUUGUUGUUUUGGCUGCUGAAAAGCAGGUGAACACAACUUUAGAAAAGAACUUAGUAGUAGAAGAAUUAGUAAAAACCUCAGGUGAAUCAGUAGAAGAAAAAGAAUGCAUGGCUGUUGAGAAAGUAGACUGUCAGGUAGAAAAAGCAGACGAUCAGCCAGCCAGAGCUCUUGAUGAGAAGACAGCGAAAAUAGAGGCUUCUACAGAAAAGGUGGUGGAAUUAAAAGAAAAAGAAGAGCUGAAAGAACCCGUGUCUUCAGUUCCAGAUGAAAUUACUCCUGCACAGGCUGUCAAGCAAACACAUGAAAUACAAACUGAAGAAAAAGCUGAAGUUGCUGCUAAGGUAGAAAAGGAGGAAGAAAAGGAUGACGAGAUGAGAGAGGGCGAAGAGACUGAAGGGUCAGAAGAGGAAGACAAAGCUGACGACGAUAAAGAAAAUGACUCUACAGUUGAAGAGAAGGAAAGUGAAGAAGAUGAGGUUGGAAACUUAGAACUGGCAUGGGAUAUGCUGGAGUUGGCAAAAGUAAUAUACAAAAGACAGGACACUAAAGAAGCUCAGCUCCAUGCUGCUCAGGCUCACCUAAAGCUAGGAGAAGUUAGCAUCGAAUCUGAAAAUUACAUCCAAGCUGUAGAAGAGUUCAACUCGUGUCUGACUCUUCAGCAGAAGUAUUUAGAGGCCCAUGACCGGCUGCUUGCAGAGACUCACUAUCAUCUGGGGCUAGCCUAUCACUACAAUAAUCAGUAUGAUGAAGCAGUGCUGCAGUUCACUAAGUCAAUGGAAGUCAUUGAUAAAAGAAUGGUGAUGUUGACAGAGCGACUAAAAGAAAAAGGGGAGGGAUCCACUGAGGAUGAGAAGGAAAUUGAAGAACUCAAGGGACUGCUUCCUGAAAUUAAAGAGAAGAUAGAGGAUUCAAAAGAGUCUCAAAAAACUGCAAGGGUGGCUGAACUGGCUCUGAAAGCAACUCUGGUUGGUGGAUCUUCUUCUAGUUUUUCGCAGGGGACCGAAAGCAGUUUGGCUUCAGCAAUCCCAGUUGGACAAACAGCUGAUGGAGCAUCUCAGUGUAUUACAGACAUCUCUCAUCUUGUUAGAAAAAAGAGGAAACCAGAGGAAGAAACUCAACAGGGAGACAAUGAAGCUAAGAAAUCUAAACCAGAACCGGCUGUCAAUGGUGGUGGUGAUGCUGCCCCCAGUGGAAAUGAGGUUGCAGAGAAAAUGGAAGAAGAGACAGAGGGAAGGCCACAAGUUGAAACAGUCCAAAGUGCUGUAUGAUAGUUCUUUAAUAUUGGACACUCCUCUCCCAAGGACAAUGGGUUUUGUAUAUAAUGUAUUUUUUCACUUUUGUGGCAACUUUUGUAUUCAAU